CUCAUCCCAAAUUAACAAAAACAACAUUCUCAAACUUAUUACAAGAAAAAAAAAAAAAAAAAAAAUCGAACAAAAAUGUUGGCAAUAUUUCAGAAAGCAUUUGCUCACCCACCGGAGGAGCUCAACAGUCCGGCGUCUAAUUUCUCCGGCAAAACCCCAAAACUUCCCGGAGAAACACUCUCCGACUUCCUCUCUCGCCACGGAGACUCCGCUUUCUCCAUGAACUUCGCCGAUUCCGCCGUCUUGGCUUACGCCAGCCCCGCCGGCUCUCUUCGCCAGAGGCUGUUCUGUGGACUAGACGGGAUCUACUGUAUCUUCCUCGGGAGAUUAAACAAUCUCUGCACGUUGAAUCGACAGUACGGACUAACUGGGAAAAACUCGAACGAGGCAAUGUUUGUGAUCGAAGCUUAUCGAACACUCCGUGACCGUGGUCCUUAUCCGGCCGAUCAAGUCCUCAAAGGUCUCGACGGAAGCUUCGCCUUCGUCGUCUACGAUUCCCAAAGCUCCUCUGUUUUCUCUGCUCUGAGCUCUGAUGGAGGAGAGAGUCUUUACUGGGGAAUUUCCGGCGACGGAUCUGUUGUGAUGUCUGAUGAUCUUCAGAUUAUAAAGCAAGGCUGUGCCAAAUCGUUUGCUCCUUUCCCCACUGGGUGUAUGUUUCACAGUGAGAAGGGGCUUAAGAGUUUUGAACAUCCUACUAACGAGAUGAAGGCGAUGCCGAGGAUUGACAGUGAAGGUGUUCUCUGUGGAGCUAAUUUCAAAGUCGAUGCUUGUUCUAAGAUCAAUGGGAUCCCCAGAAGAGGAAGUGAGGCUAACUGGGCUCUCUAGCUAAUUCGCGUUAAUUCCUACUAAAUCGAGAUUCUUCUGAGCUCUUUCUUUGUCUUGAUGCGUUUUGUUCAACGUACUUACUUUAUGUAAAUAGCCUCUGAUGUUACAUCAAUAAAGAUACUAAAUUGCUUUUGUUUCUA